AUGAGUUCAAUUGACUACUUGGUAAACAAUUGUGAUUAUAAAGUCUCUGCAUUUUCAUUAAAUGAUGGCCAAAGAUCAAACUCCAUCCAACCAGUUUCCCAAAAUGACCAAGAAAUGUGUUAUUUGGGAGAUAUUGAUUAUGGAUGUACAAUCAUCUAUCCAAAUGGAAAAAAACAUUAA